UGUUACAAUCAGCCGUCUGACGCGAUCGCGAGAAAACCUGCCAGGCUAUUCGCGGCAUUCACGAGUAGGGCACUACCGCGACCAGACGACGAGCAAGCCAGACUAAACCAUAGCAACAUGUCGGAGUAUGAAUUCACCUACUUCGGGUGUAGAGGGCGUGGCCACCACACGCGGUAUCUCCUGAAGGAUCAAGGAAUUGCUUGCGAGGAAGUUAUCGUUGACUUCAAAGACUGGCCAGUGCUCAAGCCUAAAAUGGAAUUCGGUCAGUUGCCUUGCUUGAAGGAUGGAGAUUUCCAGCUCGUGCAAUCCAAUGCAAUCCUAAGACACUUGGGCCGUACACACGGUCUUUAUGGCAGCAACAACAGAGAAGCAGCCAUGAUUGAUAUGCUGAAUGAUGGAGUGGAGGAUGAGAGGAUGAAAUACACCAACAUGAUAUACAAGAAUUAUGAAGCAGGAAAAGAGCCUUACAUCAACAAUGACAUGAAGAAUUUCCUUAUGAACUUUGAAAAGUUGGUCUCGUCUAAUAAUGGUGGAAAGGGAUUUGCAGUUGGAAACCAGACCAGUUUCGUUGACUACAACUUGUUCGACAUGCUGGACAACCUCACAGUGCUAUCCCCUGGCUGCUUGGACGACUAUCCUGUUCUCAAGGCUUACCACGAACGCAUGAUCAACCGCCCUGGAGUCAAAGCCUACAGAGAUACUGACGAACAUAAGAAUAUGGCUAUUAACGGAAACGGGAAACAGUAAACCGAUUAAAUUGCCCGGAUGUAUUCCUGCCCUUUCAUUAUGUAUACAAGUCUUCUUACGUUACAGAAUUAUAUUAACCCUGAGAGUAACCAGCCUAAAGAGUGGGUACUCUAAGAUCAACCCAAGCUGUUUGAUAGCCCGUAUAAGUCAGGCAGUUGACAAUGAAAUCUUGGUUGGCAAUACCCUGCAUACAGCUCAAUGUUAUAAAGAUACUGAAUAAAAAGUUAUCUUCCCUGGGCUGUUAUAACGCCACAGAAUAUUUUGCCACGGCAGCAGUAGAUCUGCCCCUAAACUGUAUAGAAAUGCUCCAUCCGGUUAUGGUCUCUAAUUGAAUAAAACAGUUGUUGUAAAA